UUAGUUCGUGUGUACUCUGCUCAGGAACGCCGAAAUUUGGCAGUUUACCUUCUGAGCUGCAACCAGCCAGCGCAGAGUUAAUCUUCAGCGUCAUGAAGACAAAGUGGUUACUCUGUCUGUGUGCAAUGAGCAUGUGCACUGCCAUCGACCAUCCGAAUCCAUGUGAGUCAGAAUUCGGUGUCGGAGUACAACUCAACAACGUGAAUUUGGGUACCCUGCACCCAAACCAGUAUCCAGUCAACUUAUCGGCACUCGUCUGCCUUGAUCUUAAAAACAGCGGGCUCAUCGCUUUGGGUGUCGGCGUAUUCCAUCAGGUGACCCGCCUGAGGACUCUCAUCAUCAGAAAGAACUCGCUGGAAACACUUCAUUACAGUUUGUUCUCAAAUUUACACGGGUUAGAAAUCCUGGAUUUGAGUUAUAACAGAUUAGUCUUUCUUACCGAUCCACGUCUCUUCAUGUACCAGAUUCGUCUCAAAGAACUCGAACUGUCUCACAAUAAGCUCACUGUAAUCGAUGCUCAAGUAUUGGGGUCACUUCUUGACCUCAAAAUGCUUAAUUUAAUCUAUAAUCCGUUCAUCUGUGACUGCGAUCUCAGAUUCACAAUGAUGUGGUGUAACUUACGGCAAAUCUACACCGGAGCAACGUGCAAUGAACCUUUUCUUUAUUCAGGUUUGCCAUGGACGGUGCUCGGACCUACCGAAAGAUGCAAAGAUUUGCCGCUACUGAAAAAUCUGAGCAAAAGCAACGCGGAAUUGACAUCGGAAAAGAAAGAAACUGAACUUGAAAUGAUUUUAUUGGUUGUUGGAAUAUCCAUAGCAUUGCUUUUCUUAUGGUGCAGUCUGAUCGGUUUUUGUUUGUGGAAGAAAUUAUCAAAAUGGCGUCUAAAAGGAGAAAAAAGAUUUACAUAUGACGACGUUAUGCGAAAUGAGGACUAUUAUUAUGAAUAUGGGAAGCAUUCUGCAGAAAAUAGGAAGAAACCAGUCUUUGUUAAAAGUGCUUCCUAAUUUUUCUCUGUCAACUAUAACCUCCCAUAAAAACAUUUGAAUUUAUUUUAAUUCGUAAAUACAACCGAAGAUACUUGUCUGUCUUAUUCAGAAAGAAAUACAGGCGAAUGAUUCAUUACUAGUUUAUGACAAGCAAUCUUCCGAGACAACUAAUAUCGUAAUUAUCUUUAAAGAGGGACGUUCAGAAUAAUUUGAUUUGUAAUUGUGAAAUCGCCUAAUAAAGAAUUUAAUUUACAAAGCGA